AUGUUUAUCAUCCAAUUAUUAUUUAACAUGAUAUAAGUUAAUAUACCUAGUGAAAAAUAAAAUAGAAAUAUCUUCCAAAAUUGUUUGUUUUAUUUAAAAUAAAAAUACCCAGAAAUAUUUGAAAAUAUACAAAUUGUAAGAGAACAAAGGUUUUAAUCUAUAAUAAAGUUGAAAAAAGUAAGAAUAAAAAUUUAAAAGCUUGCUAUUUAUUUAAAGAAUAAUUAAUUUUAUUAAUAACAAUCAUUCUAAACUGUAAUAAAUAAGUAAAAAUCUCAAAUUACUUCUUAAGGUUCUCCAUUAUUUUAAUUUAGCAAAUUUAAAAGUUUUGAUUCAAAUGAAAGUAGCUUUUUUAAGAAAAAACAAUAAAAUAUUAACUCUAAUAUCAGUAAGAAAUAGAAGUACUUCCCAAGAAUAUCUAAAUUAAAUGAACCCAGUUUUAAAAAUGAUAGUUUUAUUGAUAAAUUCUGA